GCCUGGUCCUGACCUGUCAGUUUGAACAGCUACUCUGGUAAGCAGCAAGGAUGAGCCAGCAGUUUCAGUCAGAGCAAAAACCGAUUGUAGUGGCUGGAUAUGAGGUGGACCCGGACAUGCAGCGCAUUUUAAAGGGACUAAUCCCAGCUGCAGAUGCACCAGUGCCUAUGUCCAGGGAUACCGUGACUUAUGUGUGCACGGUGAAACUCAGGGGACGAGUGAUGGGCCCGGUGAAAACGAUCGCUCUUCAAUGUGAGCAUUCUGCAAUGUUUGAACAAUGCAUGUGUUGCAGGCUUGUUGCGGAAUCUCGGACCGCAUGGAGACGGAACUCCCAGGGUCGUUUGUUGAGGAAACAGACGUACUAAUCCUAACUUCACCUGAUAUUCAAGAGCUUUUCAGGGAGAGCCACGAGGAGAUGCUGACAACGGUGUGUCCAGUCGCCGUGGCUGAAGAUGAAGCGGAUUUGAACAAAGAUUGCCAAACGAAGGAGGCUGUAUUAGCAAUAAGAACAGCUUCAACUCAAGAUCCUAACCCUACUGAUGUGUACAUAAUCCCUAUGAUUACUUGUGAUAAGGCGCAAGAAGAAACAUCCUCUCCUGUUCAGCGGACCUCAAGAGGAGAGCUGAAGUGGAAGAUCAAGUUUGAAAGAGGAUGUUAUUACAUGGGCCAGAGCAAGCCCUUAGAUUGCUAUCAAUUCAUGAAUAUGUUGUCUGUGAAGAACGGAUGGUUUGAUCCUGAGAUCAAAGUCUCUUAUGGAACAGCUCCUCUGUUAGAAAUGAGAAGUAAUCCCCUGGUGUUUAGCGCAAGUUUUCCACCAGGAAUGCUGGGGAAACUCCCGUCUGGGGAACAUCAGGUCACGGACCUGUCACUGUUUUACCUUGGAGAAGAGGUUCCAGGUGAGAGGAAGAAGUUUCGUGGUUAUAUUACUACCAGCAAAGGUACCCUGUGCAUGCCGAUUUCUGACGAUGGCAUAAUGAUGAGGAGAAGAAUCGAUGUGGAGGCUACGGUUCAAGCUCUGUGUUUCCAGCCAGAUCCGGAUAAGAUGGAUACCAAGUUCCUGAAGGCUUGUGUGUUCGCAUUAAAACAUUAUGGUCCCCUACCACGAUUUAACUCGCAAAGAGGAUGUCGCAUGCUCCCGAAGAUCAGAGCCACAGACAGAGGAGGCAAAGAAAGAGGACACAACGGGAGGGGCCACAUGGAGAGCAAAGAUAAGCGGAGCCCAGCGGAGCCUGCUGAUGCGAGUGAAAUCGAGGCAGGUGAAGACAGGAAGGGAGCCAACUGAAGAAAGCACCACAGGAUGUGAAGCCCCCUUUGAAGACAGCUCGAGCUUUAGAAGGAUCUGAAACCGUCCUACAAAUGAUAAAUGAUUACUUUGUUUUACUAUCUUGUGACGCAGAUGACUAAAGAUUACAUUGUUUAGUUGUCUUAAAGUUAAAUCAUAUAUACGUCACUCUGAAAAAGUGCUUGUAACAUGAAAAUGCUAUACAAUGGAAAAUGCUUUGCUUAGCAGUUUUUAGAACAUAUAUAAGAACAAGUUAGAAGUAGAAGGAGGCGCUUGCACGUACGCACGCAGCGCGAGGUCACGGCAGACGAGAGACGGAGAGUCUACAGUAGCUUUUUCCUCUUAGAUAGUUAGACGCAGCAUACUCAUAAGAGGAUAUUUAAUCUUGGAUUUACCCUUUUAUAUCUUUUGAAUUUUGGAAUAAACUUUUUUGAAAAAGGAUUCUCAUUCAUUGGAUUUUAAGGGACAAUUUAAUCUCUUUGAGUGGGAGCUCCGGCCCUGGCCUAAAGGAGUGGAGGUAAGCCACCUUAUUGCUUGUACCUGCUUCACAGGACUUGUUUUUCAGGGUGUGACAGAUUAAUAAAAGAUACCUUAGGCUAAUGGGAGUUUCAUCUCCCCCUCUCUCUUGAGUAUUGGGACAUGCCUAAGGGUGAUAAGCCAUGAUAGUUCGUUGGUUCAAACAGGCUCUUUUUGCACCAAAAAAGUCUCUGUUAAGCGUGGGAAGGAACCAUUUCAAAGGGUGGAUUAAUUAGAUUAAUUGAUAAAUCUAUGUUAGCCUGAUCAACUAACUAGUAAUCAUUUUCUAGUUACCACCGCCCACUUUGCUGACGGAGACGCAAAUUAACCCUGAUAGGACCCAAAUAAUAGUCAGUAAGAUUGGCCAACUCUGAACUUCCGCCUUAGUAUCCAAAACCACUGGAUAACAGGAUUUAAAGGGGAGUGAAUUAAUACAGGAGAACAAGUACGGCAAUUCCAUUCCAACCUUUAAAAUAGGAACAAGUUUUAAUUGAGAAAGUCCAUCCCAGGGUCUGAUACAAUAAUACUCACCACGGCCUCAACUUCCCUGAGAAAGCAGCGUAACUCGAGGAUCUAACGGAACCUCUUAAAGGGCACGCUCGCAACACCCCCCCCGAUGUUUAGCUCCGCGGGUGUUACUCCGGUAGA